AAGUAGGACGUGAAUGCCGGAGCUAAAUAAUGUGCAGCACCAAAUUGCUGCUUCCUGAACAUGGUUUCUUGUAAUCCUUUUGCCUAUGCGAAUACUGAAGGAUGAAGCUAUGUUCCAUUUCACCACCACUUGGAGAAGUUAGCGUCAGAGGUAGGAAACUGUGAAGGCACAUUUGUCUGCUUAACUUUAUAUUGCAUUAUGCCAUGGAUUUGGGAUUCAGUCACUUGAUUGCUUCUAUCUCACUUUUCUUAAUGUGGAUAUUAGUUUUUGCAGCCUUAGACCUUAAACCGUUUGUAAUAUUUGAGCCGCCAUUGGUGGCACAGACAUUUGCAAGAUUGCAUCGCUUACAUCCCACAUAGAUUUAUCAGUCUACGAUAUCAAUAUCUAAGCAUGUGUUUGGGUUGGAAGGCAAACUGGUAGGAUAAAACUAUCAGCUGAGAUCUACAGUUUGAUGAUCACAUUGCAUUCUAAAUUGUUAUCGGAUCCGUCUAUUAAAUGGCCAACCUGAAAUCAACAGCGUGGUCCAUUUAUUGGCCUCUCAAAAAUGAUUCAGGAGGCAUGAAUCGAACCGUUGGCGGUUUGGUCUCCGCUUGGAUCUGCUCCACGUAAUGAAUGAACCACACACAACCAGAGUCGUGGUCGAGUCGGAACGUCGGUUAGGUCUCCAAGGAAGUAUCCUACGUGGCUAACCAUAACCCCGUCCUUAGCCCAAACGAACUGCCACACGCCACCCGCGGAAGGCUUUCUGUCACAUCCAAGAAAUCUGAAUCGAUCUCUUUGUUGGUGGGAGGGGAAGGGCGCUUUCAUUGUCAUGGCGGGGCGUUACGACAGAAACCCUUUCGACGAGGAGGAAGAUGUUAAUCCUUUCGCGGAUCCUGGUGUUCGUGGAAAAGCAGCUGGAUCAAAUUAUGGUGGAGGGUCAUUUUACAUGACAAACCCUGGAAAUGUCCCUCCCGCUUCCAAGCCUAGACUUUCACCCCUUCCUCCAGAGCCUGCUGAUUUUCACAAUGAUCGUGGUGCAACAGUUGAUAUUCCUCUUGAUACAGAAAAGGACUUAAAGAAAAAGGAGAAAGAACUUCAAGCAAAGGAAGCUGAAUUAAAUAGGAGGGAAAAGGAAAUCAAACGAAGGGAAGAGGCUGCAGCCCGUGCCGGUAUUAUUAUUGAGGACAAAAAUUGGCCACCCUUUUUUCCUAUUAUUCAUCAUGAUAUUGUGAAUGAGAUACCUGUCCACUUGCAAAGAUUGCAGUACUUCGCAUUUGCAUCUUUGAUAGGUUUGACCGCAUGCCUAUUUUGGAAUAUUGUAGCAACUACAGCAGCUUGGAUUAAGGGAGACGGUGUAAAGAUCUGGUUCCUUGCCAUCAUUUACUUUAUUUCUGGAGUUCCAGGAGCAUAUGUCUUGUGGUAUCGACCUCUUUAUCGUGCCAUGAGGACUGAUAGUGCUUUGAACUAUGGAUGGUUUUUCCUGUUUUACCUGCUUCACAUUGGCUUUGUCGUCUAUUCAGCUGUGGCUCCUCCACUCAUUUUCCAUGGAAAAUCUUUGACAGGUAUUCUGCCAGCUGUAGAUCUUAUCAGCGAAGAUGUUUUGGUUGGGAUCUUCUAUUUAGUCGGAUUUGGAUUGUUCUGCAUUGAAUCCCUGCUCAGUAUCUGGGUUAUGCAGCAAAUAUACAUGUAUUUCCGGGGGAGCGGGAAAGCUGCAGAAUUAAAGCAUGAGGCAGCUCGUGGUGCUCUGAGGGCUGCAAUGUGAUUUACAUAUACAUCACUGGUCGCCAAAAGACUAAAUAGGAUAUACGAUGGAAUCAGCACCAAAAAUAUUGCAGUAAUGCUUUCUUUGUUUCUUCUGUCAUUGAAUUAUCUGACAGUUGACGUUUGGAUGUCACAGUGUUCGUCCAUGUGAGGGUGUUAUUUGAAGCUUCUUUGUAGCCGUAUUGGCUGCUUGUGUCUCAUAUGCUCUUUUUGUUUUGUGCUGUUGUGCUAUAGAACAACUACUUUCGUAAUAGUCGCGGACAGAAUUGAGUUCAUGCGUCUGCUAUUCGUUCA